GCACGCAGUGCCCUUGACUUCCUACGAGAGGUGAUAGCGGAGAAGGAAACGCAGGCGGCCAGGAGGAGGUCAGUUAAAUUUCCAAAUUGAACGGGUGAUUUCUCGCCAUGGUGUUCCUACCAGACGAGGGGAAGUGUCUCCCUCCCCCGGGAGUCGUCAACCGGUGCUCGGUGUGGCUGGCCGGUGUGGGCUGGUGCAGCGCGAUGCUCCAUAAUGCCGUCAACCACAGGCCGCCGCUAAAAGCAGGUGUUCAUCGACAAGUCCUGAUGGCAACAGUUGGCUGGUUCAUCGGCUACCACCUUACAAAAUAUGAAAAUUACAUUUAUGCCAAGCAUGAUAGAGAAAUGAAUGGGUAUAUCAAACUCCACCCAGAGGAAUUUCCAGCCAAGGAAAAAAAGACAUUCGCAGAGAUUGUCAUGCCCUUCUAUCCUGUACGCUAAGUGUCGUGGCUGUUGGAAGACGGAAGAGUGAGGAAGAGAGAAAACAUUUGCAGACUACCACCUGUCUUUAGUGGUCUUAUUGUGAAAUAUAGAUAUGUAAAUAAAGAAAAUACCCAAAUCCAA